AUGAAUCCUUCCGCGCUUCCGGAUAUGUCGGGGAUGGACGUCUUGGGUUUGCACCUUUCAAACCCAAGCCAAGCUAAACAUCCCUAUGCCUCUUCCAUUUCCUCCUCCGCCUCCUCCUCGUCCUCUUCCGUCUUCUCCCUCGAUGCUCAAAGUUCCAUCUCGUCCACCGCCACAAACCCGGUCGAUGUGAUUUGGGAGAAUGACGCAGACGGGCAGUUGGCCGGAAGAAACGGGACUUGCCCUCGUGCCUUCAAGGGUCAUCCUAAGGUUGACGGCCCGGUGCCCGCCGAGCUGCGUAUGCAUCCUCGUCGCACCAACGGUACCUCUGCCAACGGUUCUGCCGCCCGUCCUCCGCCGUGUCUGCUUCGGCAGUCAGAGCGGAAGAAUAACUUCGUCGAUAACCUCGUCGAUACGGCGUCGCAGAUCGUUGAAAAUAUCUGGCCGCUGUCGGCCGCAGCAUCCCGCAGCGACGCUGCGACCGGGUCAAAAGGGGUUCUCCCCCUCCGGACGUUCAUUCAGGAAACGCUCCGUCGCUCUCGCACUAGUUACAGUACUUUGCAAGUCGCUUUAUACUAUUUGAUCAAGAUCAAGCCUCAUGUGCCUGUCCACGAUCUGACCAAGGAACAACCUCGGGAUCAGUCGAUGAUGCGGGCUAUGCAGUGCGGCCGUCGUAUGUUUUUGGCCGCUCUGAUCCUGGCCUCCAAGUAUCUGCAAGACCGCAACUACUCUGCCCGAGCCUGGAGUAAAAUUUCCGGCCUGAAUACAUUGGAAAUCAACCAAAAUGAGUUGAUGUUCCUCCAAGCGGUCGGUUGGCGUUUGCACAUCUCCGAGGCCACCUUCCAGCGAUGGACCGACCUGGUUCUCAAGUUGACACCGGGUGCCGGUGGGCCCCCGGCCGGCGAAGGCCAGUGUUGGCGCACCGUUCUGCCUCAUCUGACUCCCGAGUUGGAUUCUGUCGACUCGGAGCCGAUGACCCCGGUUUCGGCCAUGGGCGGCAUGUAUCUCGGCCUUGCAGAAUCCCCAUCGCCGCGCAGUGCUUCGAGCAACGAGUCUAUCCGUUCCUCUUCCCACGAGCAGACUCCGAUUUGCCCUCGGAGCCUGGCUCGGAAUUUGGAGCCGACUCCGCGCAUGGAGUUCACCAACCCGCCUAUGCCCCCUAUCCCCCGCCCUCAGAUACUUCCCACACCCCAGAUGACCCCUCAGUCGCAUGUCGCCUCUACUCCUGCUGUGAGUAUGGCUACGUGUGGUGUUCGCCACCCUUCCAUCGGUACGGCCAUGUCGCAGGCUCAGAACUUGGGUAUGGCGCGCUCGACACUCGAUCAGCGCCCGCCUCUCUCGUUUUACCCUCGGCAUACCUCGUACGAUGGUUACCCGGCUGCGGUUCGUCGGUCCUCUCUGGCUCGUUCGGCUUCGUCGGCCUCCUCCCCGGAUUCGAUGGUGUCGGAUGUAUCGACCCUUUCAUCCCGUUCCUCGCGGUCCUCCUCGGUUUCCUCAAACGCCUCUGGCACGGGUGCUCCGGCCCCGUCUCGCCUGGCUGUCAAGGCUACCCUGCGUUGCACCAGUAACUCGCUCAAGGAGAGCCGUAAGACCCUGGCUAUUGCCUCUCCCAUUGAUGAGAGUGCUCUGGUUGAUCUGUAUAGCUCCCCUGACGCGUACCCCGGUGCGAUGGGCUCUGCCCCGGAUCUGUCCACUUUCACGCUGGAUUCGAGUCUGAGCGAAGCUGCCCAGAGUCUGUGUGAGCUAUCGGGCGCGACCCCUCAAUUGCGUCAGACGCGUAAACGCGGACGUACCGGUUCGGACGAUCUGCUCCUCCAAUCCCACGUUCGUCAUCUGAUCGAUGCUGGUGCCUCGGGUGAUUCCUCGGUGCUUCCCGACGGUCAUCUGGCGAACUCUUUCCUUGUUCGCGAGGGAACUGCGGUCUCGGGACCUGCCGGCAUGAAGCGAGCCUGCUGUGGCAGUGAGGCACGCAAGGUCGCGCUGAACCCGAGCCUGCGCGCGAACUACUUGAAUUAA